GGCAAAAUCACUGACUUCGCUGAACCCUCUGCCUCUGUACUUUCUCCUCUUUGCAAAAUUGUAUUUUUCUUUUUAUUGCUUGAAAUUCCAAACCCAUUCAAGCAAAUGACCAAGAUGACCCUUCCGCACUAAGCAGAUGAAGAUGGGUCCGGGUGGAGUUAAGAACUAUAUGUAUAAUUAGUGAUUAAAUAAGUACUGGUGGUCUCUCAAUUGGAUUCAAAACAUGCAUUAACUAAGCAAGCUCGUGAUAGGGAUAGGGUUAAGUUGGUACUUGAAGAGAGUCACCACCCUGCAGGCUUUACUGCCCAUAUUUUGUAUUGACAUCCGCUGAGCCAGCACCACCUAGUUAGUUACGCAAACGCUGUUGAAGAAAGUUGCCAAGUUUCUGUGGACAAGACUAUGAGGCUGAGGUGAGGGCAUUUCCCGUAAUUUGGUGAAGGGUUGCCUUUAUAGGGUGCAACAGAUCUCUUCCCAACCACCCCUUGCUCUUGUUUUCUUUCUCUCUGUGGCCUCUUGUCUCCUGAGAUUUGCGACCGCAGACCGAAGCAAAGGAAGGUCGGAAAAAGAGCGACAGGUUGCGUUGUUUCUAGUUGCGUACCCUACGCAUACACAAACACAAACACAUAGCACCAGCACUACAUAUCCAAUUCCUCAAAUGGAUCCAGAAACCCUCUCCGCCACUUUGUUCAAAUGGGAGCCUCGAGAAAUGGUGGCAGGCGGCAGCGGCGCACCCCUCCCAGCACCACUGCCCCCCUACUCGCUGCGGCCGAGAGAGUUGGGAUUGGGAGGCCUGGAGGAUUUGUUUCAGGCUUACGGAAUAAGGUACUACACCGCCUCUAAAAUUGCAGAACUCGGAUUCACCGUCAGCACCCUCGUGGACAUGAAAGACGAAGAGUUGGAGGACAUGAUGAACAGCCUCUCUCACAUUUUCCGCUGGGACCUUCUGGUGGGUGAAAGGUACGGAAUUAAGGCUGCUGUACGAGCCGAACGCAGACGUCUAGAUGACGAGAUCGAAUCCUCCAGACGCCGUCACCUCUUGUCCAAUGACACCACUACUAACGUCGUUCUCGAUGCCCUCUCUCAGGAAGGGCUAUCGGAAGAGCCGGUGCAGCAGGAGAAAGAGGCGGUGGGGAGCGGAGGAGGAGGAGCGUGGGAGGCAGUUGCAGCCGCUGAGAUGAGGAAGAAGCAGCGGAGGAGAAAUGGAUCAAAAAAGAAGCAGGUGAUAGCUUUGGAGGAGGAUAACGAUGAAAACGAAGGAGCUGGGGACGAGGAGGAGAAUAUGGAAGUCAGCGAGAGACAGCGGGAGCAUCCAUUCAUCGUAACCGAGCCAGGGGAGGUUGCACGAGGAAAGAAAAACGGCCUCGACUAUCUUUUUCACCUCUAUGAACAGUGUCGUGAAUUUUUGAUCCAAGUCCAGAACAUUGCCAAGGAAAGAGGAGAAAAAUGCCCCACUAAGGUGACGAACCAGGUGUUUAGAUAUGCAAAGAAGGCGGGUGCAAGUUACAUAAACAAGCCAAAAAUGAGACACUACGUGCAUUGUUAUGCGCUACAUUGUCUGGACGAGGAGGCGUCAAACGCAUUGAGGAGUGUUUUCAAAGAGAGGGGCGAAAAUGUGGGAGCUUGGCGACAGGCAUGCUAUAAGCCUCUGGUGACCAUAGCAGGUACCCAAGGUUGGGACAUCGAUGCCAUUUUCAAUGCACAUCCACGCCUUGCCAUCUGGUAUGUGCCUACCAAACUCCGCCAACUCUGCCACGCAGAGCGCAAUGGUUCCACAGCCUCGACCUCCACUGCCUCCGCUCACUUGCCCUUUUAAUUUCAUUCUCUUGUAAAAAAUCGAGAGAUGAUAGCUUGCCACUGUGAAGGAAACUAGGCCCUUGUUCGAAUAUGGAAUGCAAUGCUACCUUCUCUUUUCAGAUCA